AUGGACAUAGGUAGUUGCUGGAAGAACAACGGGCAGCCAUGUGACGGGGAUGUGACCACAGACGUUACUCGAUACAGCGAGAUGAUCAUAAAUCCCAGUAUAGAGGCAUGGUGUAAGCCCGACAAGCUCGACUCGUGCCCACCAUAUCACACUCUUCCCAAUGGAACUCUUAUCCACCGGUCAGACAGGCAAAACUUCCCUUACGACGCUUAUCACAUAUAUUGCUCUCCAGGGAAUGCCGAGCACCUUGAGGAGCCAUAUAACCUGUGUGAUGCUUAUAGCAAUCCUCAACCUCAAGAAAUACUACAGAUUGUACCUCACCCUGUAUGGGGAGAUUAUGGAUAUCCCACAAGGAAGGGUGAGGGUUGGAUUGGAGAUUCAAGAACUUGGGAGCUUGAUGUUGGAAGACUUUCACAGGCAUUGUACUUCUACCAGGAUCCAGGCACUAAACCUGUGGAAAGACGAUGGCCAUCGAUCGACCUGGGGACCGAGAUAUAUGUCAGUGGAAAUGAAAUAGCUGAGUGGACUGUGAGUGAUUUCGACAUUAUAGUUCCGAAAGAAGAUAAACAAUUAUCCUAG